UAGUGUACAUCGCUAGUCAUGACUGAAUCGAUAUACGUUUCGUGAAAAACAAGUACUUGAAACUUUUAUAUAAUGACUUAUGAGUGUAUCUCUUCGAUGUAUUGUGGAUGUUGUUAAUGUGAAAAUGUGUGUUUAAGUCAUGAGGAGAGUAGGGCUUUGGAGUACUAGGGCGACAUGACUACGCAGCAGUCAGCGAAUGUUUUUUCUGACGACGAUGAGGAGUUGCGUCCCAGACAACAGAGUCUCUGUGGAGUGUUGCGGCGCGAAGGAAACUGGAAGUGUCUUCUCCUCACCCUCAUGAUAGCAGGAUGCCUUGGGUCGGUGGCCUGGUGCAGUACUGCGGAAAUCGAUCGACAGCUCAUAGACCUUACGAAGUACCCAAUUAAGCAGACAGUUAGGGGAUCUCCGUGUGACGUGGGCUACGCCUAUAUCCCGAUUGCUUUCGUGUUGCUGCUGUACCUGGUGUAUCUAGUGGAGUGCUACCACAGCACGGCCAGGAUCCAGCUGGCGAGGAGAGUGGAGGUCGCCACUGUCAACUCCAGGGUUCAUACGAUGAGAACUGCAAGCCCAAGGGUCUGGUGGAAGGCGAUCUGCUAUCACUACGUUAGAAGAAAACGUCAAGUAACUAGAUAUCGCAAUGGAGACGCUUACACAACUACUCAGGUGUACUAUGAGCGUGUCAACACUCACAGCGCGAGUACUUCGUUUGCGCAUGCGUGCUGCGGACAGCGUGAUGCCUCGCGGAAUUUGUUGCUGGACACAAGCACUCCGAUAACUAAAGUACGCUUUAGCAAAGGAUUCGCCUUCGCCAAUAUUGAAGCAGCUAGCGAAUUUGAAGAUCAAAGAUCAAGAUUUUUUGCAGAGCAUGAAAGAUUUGAUGAUUUUAUGGAAAUGCGAGAGGGCCUCGAUCUCGUCGGCGUCAGUUCAUUUAAAGAAUACAUGGUUGCGUACAGGGAUAGUGAUCGUUUUCAAUGGUACUCGUCACAAGUCCUAUUCUGGACUUUAUCCUGCCUUCUCCUGUCGUGGCCUCUUCGAAUUUUGAUAGAAUGCAAUACUGCAUAUGUUCACUACACGAUAACGAAAAUUUUUGGCACAAAUUAUGAAUUAGACCCGAGUCGUCAAUUAGAUUUAGAUACACAUCUAUCGGAUAUAUUACCUCCAGUGCCAGCUUCUAAUUACGCCUGGGCCUUAGCUGAUGAGCAGAGUGCUGUACUAUGCUCGGCACCAAGACCUGCUCGUACUUUGCCACUAUCCCAUGCAUCAACUGUAGACAGCUUAGAACUAUUCGCUGCAAUUCGGGGUAAUUGUGCCAUCGUUCCAUCUUACUCAGAAGCAAUGCGUAUAGACGCCGCUUUGAGAGAAGAACCAGCUGAGAAUAUGUCUAAUACUGAAGUAACAAUAGAUAUACAACCUGAAACUAAUGUAAGGCCAACUAUUAAGGCUGCAUCUUUUGACGAACCAGCCAGAAGACCUAAGAUUAAAUUAGCUGGUACACACUCUAGUCAUAGUAUAGCCAGUAAUGCAAGGUUGCUGGAUGCCAAGCAGCAAAAUAGAAGAUCAUGGGCCGGAGUGCUAACUAGCGCAAGAAGUGCUCGACAAAUAUUAGAAUUUUCAAAUACUCCAACUUAUGAACAACUAUCUGAAGUAGAUAGGCCAAAUCGAGAGUCUACACUUUAUUUUUCAAGAGAAUUAACCCCUAUUCCGUCUAGUGAUCCUUUCGGAGGUCGAGCGCAAACUACUCCUACAGACGAGCCACCCUCAUAUGAAGAGGCCUUAAAACUUCCCGCUUUAAAGAAACUGACUAGAUCAAUUACAGGGACAGAUCUGGCUGGUCCAAGACGAGCGUUUUUAAAAGACGUCCUCUCCAAUAGAAGGUCCUGUUUAGAGGGUGUUGGGGUGUUAUCAGGUGCCAAAGUCGUUCGAUUACCGCAAAGCGAGGAUGGAGAAGAAACGCCACUUUAAGCUGGGGAAAAAAGUAAUUUAAUCUGCAAUAAUGUAAAACUAAAAUGCCUAUAUUAUCUUAUAGAUAACAUUUCUAGGUCCGUACUUAAUAAGUUAAUAAGGUCAUAACGGUUGUAAAUUAUUAUAAUUAGUAAAAAGCUUGACGCGAAAGCUAUUGUAUAGGUGAAUUACUAAGAUUGUAAAUAACAGUUAUUUUGGUAAUUAUUGUAAAAGUGAUUAUUAUAGUUCGAGAUUUUCACAAAAACAUAUUGAUAAGAAUCCCUUUUAAUUGCAGACCGAAACCUUACUAUUAACCUUAUUCAAAUAAAAAUAAAACGUUUUAAAGGAAAGAUCGCUUAUAUUUACAUUUCAAUGUCAAUUAUAUACAGAGCAACUAGUUAUUUAUUUACCCAAGCUUUAUAUACUACGUAGGUAUAUUUUAAACAAAAUACUGACUGGAAACAUGUAUGUAUAUAAAUAAGGCUAGAUACAGUUAAGUACAUUAUUUAAGCAACAGGCGGUGCCUUGUAUAAUAAGCCUUUGUUUUACAUUGAGCAUUUGUAUUCCUCGCAACUCUGUUCUCAUGUAGUAACCUUGUUUUCCUUAACAGAAAGCUUUUAUCAUUUCACGUGUAUCAUGAUAUAAUACACCUAUGAUUUAUCUACAGUAUAAUUUUGGUAUCUUCAUUCAAAUAGUCACCCGUUGGAACGGUGAACAAGAAAUUUGGAAUAUAGGCGAAACUGCAAAUAAAUAUAUUUCGAGUUUCGCUUAUAUUUAAAUAUAAAUAUAUAUUGUUCAUUGUAGUCAUAACCAAGAGAGCUUAUAUACAGUAAAAGCUUUUUCUUCGCGGGGUGUAUGUUCGGAAAAUGUGCCACGAAUACAGAAACCGUGAAUAUGGAAUGGUAAUUUAUUAUAAGGGAUAUCUUCCUAGGUGACUUUAUUAAAAAGCAAACAUAAAAAUAUCAAUUUACUUGACGUUUCUCGUCAUAUAGUUAAUAUAUAGUGUAUAUAUAGACUUAGCAGAUAUGGAGAGGGAAUGCAGGGCGCUGACGUUUCGCGCGAAUAUCGAUAGCACGCAGAAUCGCGCGUUGCUCGACAGUAGUAAAAAUAACUCUUUUUAUAUCGCUCUACUUGACUAGCCUGUGGGCGUGCUACACUAAUAAAUCAUACAGCACCCUGCGAGUCGAGUAUAACAACGCCUUCAGAGCACUGUUGGAGUUCCCACGUUUCUGUAGCGCGUACGCUAUGUUCGCACACGCAGAGGUCGAUAGCUUUAGCGCCAUUCUACGCAAAAAACGGGUCUCUUCUUCGCCGAAUACGAGGCAGCAGUGCCAGUUAUCUGAAGCUGACAGCAGGGACUGUCCAUAUGUUGGCCAUAUAAUAAAAGUAAAUUUGUCCCUUCGUAGAUAUUAUUACUAACACAAUUAGAUUAUAAGUUUACUAACAGUGGAUGGUAGUUAUCUCAAAAUAAACGUUUUAUUUAUUAUAUGUUAUAUAUAUGUCUUAAAGAAUUUUGUAAUGCUUUGUCUAUUAUCAGUUUUUAAAAACUCCUUCAAUUGGUUGUAAUAAGUUCUAUUUUUGUAUCAGUCCAUUUGACGAUUCACAAAGGUUGUGGGGUUGGAUACAUAUUGAAAUCCUUUUAAUUUUUAUUGAUAUGUACGUAUCGAUUAGAUCCGCGAAUAAUUUUCGCAUUUUUUUUAAAUCCGCGAAUAGUGAAAACUCUAGUGAGAGAAGCGCGAAUAAGGAGCUUUUACUGUAGUAAUAUUUUGUUUGUCUUUCAAAUAGAUUAUGAAAUGUUGACGUAUAUGCCUAUUGACUUUUUUAUAUUCACAGACUGUAUUAUAUUGCUACUAACACUAAGUUCGUAGGAAAGACGUUAAUAUAAGUGCUAUCUUUAUAGAUUUAUUUAGUAGAAGAUAUUAUAAAAAGCUGUCUGCUUAACAAUUAAAAUAUAUUUUAUGUUAAAAUAGAAUUUUAGAUACGCAAAGGUGAUACUAAUAUUAAGUCAUAAAGAAAUCGUGAAAUUGAACCAACUAAACAUAAGUGUAUGUACAGAUUAGAUAAGUUUAUUAUUUUCAAGUAUACAUUAUAUUAUAAUCAUUACUAUAAGUUAACUACAACUAAGAAUAAACCCUUAAAUUGUAUAUGGGGAUUAAAUAUAGUGGUUAGUAUAAUUUGAUUUGCAAAUCAGUGCUACGAGUAUAUAAAGGUUAUUUGUACGAAAGCUACAGAUGUUAAACUGUUAAAUUAUUUUUAAUGAUUCUAAUGAAGUUUUUCUUGGGGUCAGAUGACAGUGUAUAUAGAUAGGUACCUAGUCUGUCAAAUUUCAUAGCUUCAAAAAUUUGACAAAACAAGCCUAUGUACUUCACAUCGAUUUUUUUAAAUUUCGGUAUCUACACAGGUUAAGAAAUCAAUCAACUCUCAGCUAGUUACAGCAGUCUACGCCGUAAUUGUUACAUGUUACAGAAUAAAAUAUAACAGCUGUAACUAUAUCAAUUCAAGAGUAUGUUUAAUUUGGUUUUUCCUUUAAAUUAAUAUUACCAACAUUAAAUGCAACUCAUCACUGGCCUGUAACAAAGCAUAUUUAACUUCAGAUCGUUUUUUUUUUAAUUUUCGGCAUCUACACAGGUCAACAAAUCAAUCAAAUCCCAGCUAGUUUCAGCAGUGUACGCCGUAAUUGUUACAUGUUACAGAAUAAAACAUAAAAGCUGUAACUAUAUUAACGCAAGAGUUUGUUUAAUUUGGUAAUUCCUUUUAAUUAAAUAUUACAUUUAAUGAAACUCAUCAUUGGCCUGUAACAAAUUUAUUAUACUAGAAUAUACCAAUGGUUUGAAUGUAUUAUAAUUUGCUCCCUUUUAAUUCUUGACAGCUCAAAUUGCAACAUGUUAACGAUAGGUCCGUAAAUAUUAUUAGUAUAAUAUAAUAUAUUAUAUAACCUAGUUGAGAGAUUUGAGUAAGGUUGGUUUUAAGAGGAUUCAUAUCCACUUAAACGUGCUCAAUAGGAUUCUCUUCGUCUCCACCGGACCUCGAAUUCUCAAGGAUAUCUCUUCGAGAACACUCAAGGCUUGAUUUACUUGGGUAACAUUCACCAAAAGUAGAGUUGUAUUUAAUGUAAUAUUCAUUUAUUAGGAAGUACCACAUUAAACAUACUUUGACAUUGAUACAGUUACAGAUAUUAUGUUUUAUUCUGUUACCUACAUGUAACAUUUACGGCGUACACUGCUGUAUCGAAAAAUUUAUUGACGAUAGAGUUACAAAUAAAAGAUUAUUACAAAGAAGAGUGUACUAAAUUUACAUUAGAAACCUGACAGUACUUUGUAGUUAAAAUGUAGAAUUUUAAUCCUUUGAUAACUCAUAUUGUCCGAUCCGUAUCAAUAUUAAUUUUACAAAAUAAAUCUCAAUUUUGUCCUCUUAUACGGUUACAACUUUAGAUAAUUUAUACGUCUAGAUUGACUGUCUUGCUGCUAGACAACCUAUGAAAACAGUCCAAGUUUAUCUACUACUUAAGUGUGCGUGACAAGCUACGUCUUAUACUCGCGAUGUGUAUGACACUUUUUGUAAGUGUGCGUGCAUCGCUCAAAAUAGAGGUUAACUCUCAACCUCAUCUUUUUCGAUAUUUUCACUGCUGUCACGUUUAUCCAGACGUAAAAAGGAUCUAAGGUUACAACAUAAAAGUUUUGUUAGUCGAAUGUAUCUAUCUCAUUGUAGUAUCUGAGAAUAAUAAUGACAAGUGAAAAUUAGCGAUAUUUGGCUAGUGCUGUAUAAUCUUAAUAUAUAUAAAUUACGUGACACGUUGUUUGUCCGCGAUGGACUCCUAAAUUAAUGGGCGGAUUUUAUUGGGGAUUACUUCAUCGUGUACAGUUUAGUCCAACUUGAGAGAUAGGAUAGAUUUUAUUUCGAUUUGAAAUAUUUUUGACAAAUGCAUAAUAAAUCAGUAUUUUAUUUAUUGUGUACAGAACAACGUCUGUCGGGUCAGGUAGUACACUAUAGAUAUAACUUUGAAUUAAAUUGGUACUAUAUUAAGUAGCUUAAUAUAAUUAGAAAGCUGGUAGUAUUAGUUAUAUAAAAGUUAUGUAAAGUGCCAAUUAAAUAUAAACAUAGCAUCGUCACAUAUAAAUGCAAUAUAACAUUAUGUUUCAUACAAGUUCGAUGUUUAUGUGAGCAUAGUCAUACAUUAAUUUUAAUUUCUUAACAAAUAUUAUACUCAGAUAGUCAAAUAGCUAAGAGUAACUAAUUCAUUAAAAAGCAACACUGAGACAAAGAGGAUGUAAAUACUACGAAAUAACAGUUGCUUAAAACGUAGUGGAUGUAGGCUAUUUCUAUUUUUACAUGAUUAUAGCCGUCAUGUGUCAAUCUAUCAAUGACAGCACGUUUCAUACAAUCAAAUUGAAUGAAUCGCUUUUUUCUUCAAGAGUUUCGCUAGGCUGCACUGUGACACAGCUAAUAUAUAACAAACAUGAGUAAAUAAUAAUAUUAACCUAUGGUUAAUCAGUGAAAACAGAUUGUCUGUCAACUAAGCAGUUUCUUUUUUCAUUAAUUUAUUUCAGUACGAACAUGAUAUUAGACUAGUAUAUUUUACCUUCGAAAUCUUAAUAAUAAUAAUUUAUCUUCCAGUGGAUUUGUAAGGCUUUUGUCGAAAAGAGCUAGGAAAUAUUGAAUUGUAUAGGAUCAGCUAUGGACCGCCCAGUUUUCCCAACGGAAUAGUCAUAAAUCAAUUACCCUAUUGUGAUGAAAAGUAUAAAAGAUACGACUUAAUAUUGUGAAUAAAAUAAUAUUAUAAUGUUAACGCUUUUAAUGUCCUAUUUAUAAUAACAUUUCGUUUUAAGACAGAUACUUAGAGCCUGUUUCACAAUGUACAAAUAAAGUAGCGAAUUGUCAUAGAUUAGCUAAAAAUUAAUGGCCACUGAAAAGUACCGAAUAACACAGAUUACGUUUCUCAAGUACUUCAAUAGGUACUACUGUGUUCAUUUACUAGCUGACUUAAAGGUAGGUAUGUCGGUUUGGCAACCUCGCAUUUUCUCGAUUGACAAAAUAAAAAUAUUAAAAAACUGUUCGCAUGAAAUAAAACAACGUUAGCUUAAUAAUAGCUUUUAAUUUAAUUUUUAUUUGAUAUUUACAAUUUUCUAUUGGAUAUUGGUCUUAUAAAUAGCUCUUCUACAACAAUUUUCGUAACAAAAUCAAUUAUCACAUAAUUGUAAUUCACUUUGAAAAUAUCAGUGAAAUGAAUGCCAUGAGUCUUUCAUAACUACCAGAUCCAUCCUAUAAUUUAAUAGGCACUUUAUGUGCCAGAUAACACUAUUUGUGUGCUUUUCACAAAAUACCUCAAAUAUCUUGAUUCGAUUGGUGAGUCGCAACUAACCUGUACGCAACUUUACUUGUACAUUGUGUAACAGGACCUUAAUAUGCUGCCUGCCCGAGCAUAAAUAACUAUUUAGUGUUACAGACAACCAUUGUUAUGAAAGAAAAGAGCCCUAUGAUUAAAAAAAUUGUUUAAUGGUCGUUCAGUGACUCACCACGCUGUCUCGAGCAGGCAGCGAGCGAUUGACAUUGGUAUGAAAAUUGAUAUUUUCGAAUUUAAGUAUAGGCUGGAUGUUAUUUAUUUUCAAUAAAUCAUGUU